AUGCCGGUCCUUCUCUUCUUCCUCUUGUCCACUUGUCUCCUGACAGAAGUCACUGCUGUUGACGAAUGCGAUUCGGGACCCUGUAUGAACGGAGCUGCAUGUAGCGAUCAGUACGCAGAUUCAUAUACGUGCGAGUGUGUUGAAGCUUGGCAAGGAGUAAACUGCGAAGUACCAAUAGUUUACCAGGUGUGCCCGUUCGGCCAUGUCUACGAGUAUGUGGCGAACAUUACCACAGGUGUCCUACCACGCAGAUUUAGCUGUCAAGCUAAUUUCAGGUUUCAAGGUGCUACCGAGGUCAACUUUACUUUCGUGUCGCAUGAUAUCGAACCAAACAAGGAUGCCAUCUGGUUGGAAGCGGGAUUCUUUGCUGACAGUUCCAAUGACUCGGGCGCGCUCGAUUCCGGAGAUUUGGUGAAACAGCCUACUCUAACUUUUAAAGAUGCUGGUUCUAACUACUGGAUAGUGAUUUUCACAGAUAUGACAGGUAUUAGUCGUGGUUUGACUCUCGAGAUCAGUGCUGACCGUGAUGACUGCUACCCAAUUUCCUGUAUGAAUGGUGCUACAUGUAUUGACCUUCUCCGAGACUAUAGGUGCAUCUGUGCACCAGGCUACGAUGGUAUAAACUGCCAGGAUGGUGUCAGUAGACACAGGAUGUAG